AUGUUCUCGUCACACUCUGUGACAGUUAACACGCCUUGUCCUUCCGUUUUGUCAGCUGUUACCGGCCCCGUCGCCCGCUUCGCCCGCCAAAUAGCAAGUCAAGGCUACAUAGUCGCCGCCCCAUCCUCCUACCACGAGUUCACCGGCCCCGAGGCCCUCGCCUAUGACGGUCCCGGCACAGACAAAGGCAACGAGUGGAAGAUCGCCAAGAAAGUCUCUGCCUACGACGAAGACGCCGAACUUUCGGUUACAGCAUUGUUGGAGCUGAAGACCUGUAACGGCCGCAUCGGCGCAACAGGCAUGUGUCUCGGCGGGCACCUCGCCUAUCGCUGCGCGCUCGACUCCCGCGUGUCAGCAGCGGUGUGCUACUUUGCGACGGACAUCCACUCGCACAGUCUCGGGGAGGGGAAGAAUGAUGAUAGCUUGGCUCGGGCUGGAGACAUCAAGGGCGAACUGGUGAUGAUUUUUGGAAAGAAGGAUAACCAUGUGCCGCCCGAGGGGAGAGAUCUGAUUCGGCGGACGCUGACGGAGAAGGGGUUGGUAUUUUCGUGGUAUGAGGUUGCUUGGGCGCAGCAUGCUUUCAUCCGAGAUGAGCUGAGCAAGGGUCGCUACGAUCCGGCGAUUGCGGGGAUUUGCUUCGAGAUGCUAAAGGAGGUGUUCAAUCGGACGCUGCGCUCAGAUCUGGGGCCGAGAAGCGGGGAGGAGAAGGAAGUGGAGAACGUUUGCUGA